UUUAUUUUGUACAUUAUUGUUAAUUUUUUCCAUUUUUUUUUAUUUUUACAAUUUUUAAAUUUUCAAUUCUUACCACUUUUAUUAUUAUUUUAAUAUUGUUCUGAUAUUAUUAUUAGUUAUAAUAUCAUUAUUUCAUUUAUAUUUUUACCAUAUCUUUAUUUUCACAAUGGUAAAUCAGUCUCCCAAUUUGAAGAAUCUGAAUCCCUCAUCUCCUCAGCCGUUACCUGAAAUACAAAAUUUUGAAAGUGAAAAUAACGUCAAUAAUGAAAACUCUAAAAAGAUUUCGCCAAUAAACCAUGAAACUAUUAAGUGCACUCAACUCACCACAAUUAAUAAAACCUCUGAAUCAAGUGAAUCAAGUGAAUCAAAUGAGUCCAAUCAAUUAAAUAUAUCAAAUAUAUCAAAUAAAUCAAAUAAAUCUAAUGAACUAAAUAAAUCUAAUAAAUUUCUUAAACUAUCUAAAACCCCAGAAUUAUCUGAAUCAAAUGAGUCAUCAAAUGAUUCUCCAAAUGAUUCUUCAAAUUCAGAUAAAAUCACUGAAACAAAUAAUGACAAUAACUCAUCCGAUGAAAGAAAAAUCUUUAAAUCAUUACCUUAUGUUCCCUUUGACAAAGGUAUCCCCAAAAUUCAACAGCAAUUUCAAAAUUUCCAACAAAAUCAAAAAUUUAACUAUUCUCAAUACAUCACUGAAAAUAUUAACAUCUUUUCAAACUCAACUAAAAAUACAAGACAAAAUUCAACUUCAAAUUUACUAAUCAAAAAUGCAAAGGAAAACAACCAAUCAAUCAUCUCUUUCACCCAAGCCUUAAGAAAUCCCUUACCUCCUUAUUUUUUCAGCAAAACUGAUGAUUUUACAAACAACUCCUCCAUCAGAAAGAGAAACAGAAACCGUAACCAUUUAUUUUCAAUCAAUCCAACUAAAAAACAAAAACUAAAUUCAAAUGCCGAACAUUUAAUUCUUCAAUCAAAUCCAAACAACAAACUUGUUCCUUUACUACCUUUGGUCCAAAAGAAAUCUCCCUCCUCCACUUCCACCAACAAACUAUUCCAAAAUAUAGAAAUAAAGCCUAAACCAAAUUCAACAACUCAUACCUCUCAAAAAUCUUAUGUAAAAAUCAUCCGCCCAUCUAUACACAAUCCUUCCGAUAACACCUCAUCAAUCAACAAUAAAAAACAAAUUAUCAUUAAAAAUAAAAUCAACAUCAAUAUCAAACAUCUAAACAAAAACGCAAAUACAAACACAAACACCAACACAAAUACAAACACAAACAUCUCUCAAGAACCAAACGGUCUUAAUAUUCCCAAUAGCCCCAACAGUUCUGCUUCCAAUGCCGAUGACGACUAUGAUGCAAAUAGCAACAACUCCAAAGCUAGAUACGCUUCCAAAAAAAACACAAGAAAGAAGCAUCGCAACUCUCACUUAGGUUGUGCUACCUGCAAAUGUCGAAGAAUCAAAUGUGACGAAAAACUACCCGAAUGUGGAAAUUGUGUUCGUGCAAAAUUACAAUGCGCCUAUUUGGCUCUUGACCCAAUCGCAAGAGAAGCUCUAAAGGCUGCCCAAAAAGCUCAGGCUGCCAGAAGAGAAAUUUCUGACUUGAAUAUAGCUUCUAGGCAAAUGAUCAAAGUUGGUUCUGGUGUCUUGUCUGGCAAAAUCUCUCCUUUGAAUCUAUCUCUUUUUAGCAAAAAUUUCAACGAUCAAAAAAUCAUCGCUUUUCAAAAGACUCUUUCAAAUUCAAUGCCUUUACCUUCGAACUCUUUAUCAGUAACUUUAAAUCCAAUCACUCUUUCGCCAUCAGAAGGUUCAGAUUCAACCCACAAUCACUAUCAAUCACCCUCAAAUAAUGAAGAACAAAGCGUUGUCUCUGACAAAGAAUCUUUCAAUGAAACAACUGGUAACGAAGACACUAAUAUUGACAAAAUCCCUAACAUUCAAUCACCCACUGCCAAGCAAAAGAAAACCAAUUCUUUGCAACUAUCUAAUGACAAAAUUCAAACAAAUAAUCAAAUUCCUGCCACACAAAUCGACAAUAAGAAAAAAAAUACGAAUAAAAGAAAGCUGUUUGAAAUAGCAGAAUCUUCUCUAAAAUCAACACCAAACCAUAGUUUUCAUGAAAACAACCAACGUAAUUUGUCAAUUAGUGAUGAUGGAUCCUCAUCAUCAAGUCAUAUAAUGAGCCAAAACCCCCCUUAUUUUUGCUCCUCUAUUUUAAAACCUCCAUCUCAGUUUAAGGCUGAAUGUGAAUCUGAGGGCAGAUCUCCCAGCUCUGUUUCAACCGUUCUUUCUCAAGAUUUCAACCUUGAAGAGUCAAAAUCUGAGAUUGAAGCAAAAGUCAACGCCCAAACAAAAUCAAAACUUAAAGAGCUCCCUCUUGUUGCAAAUGCUCGUUCUCUUGUAUUGCGCUCUUCUAAAAAGGAAAAAAAUUCUAACCAACAAUCGAAACACAAUAAACCAAUUGUUAUGGCAUACCCUCUUCCUUACCACUCGUUUAAUGCACUACCUCUUAGUUCAAGACAUCCUACCGAACCCUUUCUGCAACUAAAUACAUUGCCUCCUCAAUUUCCAAACGGUUUAAAUUUUCCAUCGGAUAAUUAUGAUGAUUCUCAUCAUAUUGCUGACUUUAAUUAUUAUCAUUCACAUUCACGUUCACAUUUAUAUUCACAUUCAAAUACACACCCUCACUCUCCUCAAUCUUCUCACUCUCACUCACAUUCUAACUCACACUCACAUUCACACCCACAUAGACAUAGACAUCCUCAUUUACAACCAUAUCCACCAUUAUCUCCUUCACAGCGUUUGCCUUUUAAUUUUCAAAAAGUUCCAUAUGGCCCAAAUUUUAAUGACCCAUCCAUUCCUUUAGCUCAUCCUCUUCAUUCACCUAAUCCAAACUUUAUGGCUAAUUUCCCGGGCUACAACAACGGUCAUAUCCCUUCAAACGUUUUUAACCAAAACAAUCCCUAUAAUCCAAAUAAUAAUCAUGCUUAUGAUAUUUAUCCACCUAAUGGUGGUCAUCCUCCAAAUGGCAAUUAUCCACCGAAUAUUAAUUAUCCUCCUAAUAGAAAUUAUCCUCCUUAUGGCAAUUAUCCACCUAAUGUUAAUUAUCUCCCCAACAUAAAACCCCUUACAAAUCACAACUUUUCUCCUAACAUUAGCUAUCUUUCUAAUCAUAAUCACUUUCUAAAUAAUAAUUAUUCUGCAAAUAACACUUAUGCUAAUAAUAAUCUCCCAAAUAUUAGUGACAAUCCUAAUAGCAAAGAUUUUAGUGCAAAUAACAGUUAUAAAAAUAACGUUAGUUACAAUAACAACAAUAGCAAUAUUAUACCAAACAACAACAUUCAAACAAAUAAUGAAAAUAAUAUAAAUGUUCUGAAUAAUAUAAAUAACAUGAACAAAAUAAAUCUCAAUAACAAUAACAAUAUAAAUAAUGAUACUAUAGAAAACGGUGAUACUAACAACAACAAUAAUAAUAAUGACAAUAGUACCAAUAAUAAUAAUAAUAAUAAUAAUAAUAAUAAUAAUAAUAAUAAUAAUAAUAGCACUUCAAACCAUCCGGUUUCUAAUACAUCCUCUGAUUUAAAAGAUAAUUCCUCUAGGAACUCUCGUUCUGGAAGUCCAUCUGAUAUUGAUCUAAACAAAAAAGAAGAUUCAAAGUCUAAUAUUACAUUUUUACUAAACUGAAUUCUAAUCUUUCAUUUCUUUUUCUUGUAUAAUCAACAACUUAGAGCAAUUAGACAUUGUUCAAUUUUUAGAAUUUUACGACUUUUGCUUUGAAUUUCUUUGUGACAAUACUUUUAAACAGGAAACCUUGUUGGUUAGAUAUCAACACGAGUUUAAUUUUUUUC